AUGCCGCAAGUAGACACAGAGAUGGUGUACUUUAGUUCUCAGCCUCACCGCAAGAUGGCAGCGUACGUGGUGCAGGCCUACAAGCUGCAGGUGCACAAUGUAUUCGUGAUGCGAGGUAACGUGGCUGUACUGCGGUGUCAGAUGCCCAGUGGCCCGAGAUCUGCCGUGCAGGUUCUCACCUGGCUGAAAGACGAGCCCAUGUUGGGCCGCUCCGCGAUCCACCCCGAAGGCCGGUUUACCGUCACAUCCAUGGGCACACUGCACGUUCGUGAAACCACCCCGGAAGAUUCCUACUCCAAGUACUACUGCCAGACCGUUCACAAGGUCACCGGAGAGCGCAGGCUUAGCACUCCUGGCCAGAUAAUUGUCAGAGAGCCUGAAGGUAACGUGGAGCCUAGGAUAGAACAGACUUUGGCAAACGUUUGCAGUCAGAGUAGGGACGACAGCAGAAUUGGUCUGCGCCGCGCAGGGGUCUCCUCCCCCUACCUACAGGUCAGUGUCACAUAUGGUACCAGCAAGGUGGACGGCCAGAUAGGGUCAGCACUUCAGGAGAUCAGACCAGGCUCGGUAUUAGUGCGGCCGCUGGACUCGGUUCUACAGUUCCCACGGGUGCAGACUGAGGAUGCCGCUCACUACGUGUGUGUCGUCAACAACGGCUUGGGUGAGGACAGGAGGGAACUGGUUCUGACAGUGGCCACCCCAUUGCUGGUCCACAUCCGACCUCAACAUCAGAUGGUGGACGGAGGGACCUCAGCAAUGUUCAACUGUUCCGUUCAAGGCGGCGAAGGUCGAGUCAACAUCAACUGGCUAAAAGAUCGGCGGCCUCUCAUGGAAAGUGGAAGGGUCAACUUCCUCCAGAGAAGGGAAGUCUUGGUGCUCAGAGACAUCAACAAACACGAUCGGGGGAUGUACCAGUGCAUGGUCCACAGCGGAGAAGAGACUUCUCAGGCCAGUGCAGAACUGGCUCUCGGUGCUGUGGGGCCUGAACUCCAAUCGACCUUUAUUGAGCAGACUUUGCAGCCAGGACAGCCGGUCUCAUUGAGGUGCAUUGCUUCCGGUAACCCUCCGCCCCAGUUCUCCUGGAUGCUGGACGGGGGACCGCUCCUGCCCCGUGGUGGCUAUAUCCUAGGCAGCCACUUGGACCCAAGUGAUGACGUAAUCAGUCAUCUUAACAUCUCUGGGGGGGGGGGGGUACAUCCUUAUUUGAACGGUUGGGUAGCGAGGAAUGUUCUUCUUGAACACAACUGCCAUAUUGCAACAUCUCAGGUAUGA